GGGCCUGGAGGGGCGGAGGCUGCGGCCAGACGCCAGCCGCCUCCGCCUCGGCGAAUAGCAGCGCGCUGCCCGCCCGGAUUGGAGCAGCAGCAUCACGCUGACCUCUGCCUGGGAUGUAAACCGGCCCGGCCGCUGCGGGCAGAGGACGGCGUCGGCUCCUCCGGGAAACCCAGCCCCGACACCGGGCUCCCAGCGGCUCUCAGGCGAGCAGCGGCGACCUCGGCCCCGGCAGCGCCGGGCCGCGGCUGCGGGAGGCGCAGGGAGUCGGACGCGGGCGCGGGCGGGAAGCGUGCGCCCGUGCGCACAGGCAGCGGGAGGAGGGGCGGCGCGAGCCAUGGCCGGGGACAGCGAGCAGACCCUGCAGGACCACCAGCAGCCCGACAGCGGCGAGCCCUUCCUGAUCGGCGUCAGCGGGGGCACGGCCAGCGGAAAGUCCUCCGUCUGCGCUAAGAUCGUGCAGCUCCUGGGGCAGAAUGAGGUGGACUAUCGCCAGAAGAAGGUGGUCAUCGUGAGCCAGGAUAGCUUCUACCGCGUCCUCACCUCGGAGCAGAAGGCCAAAGCCCUGAAGGGCCAGUUCAACUUCGAUCACCCGGAUGCCUUUGACAAUGAACUCAUCUUCAAAACACUCAAAGAAAUCACUGAAGGGAAAACAGUCCAGAUCCCCGUGUACGACUUUGUCUCCCAUUCCCGGAAGGAGGAGACGGUUACUGUCUACCCUGCAGACGUGGUGCUCUUUGAAGGGAUCCUGGCCUUCUACUCGCAGGAGGUACGAGACCUGUUCCAGAUGAAGCUUUUUGUGGAUACAGAUGCGGACACCCGGCUCUCCCGCAGAGUAUUGAGGGACAUCAGUGAAAGAGGCAGGGACCUCGAGCAGAUUUUAUCUCAGUACAUUACGUUCGUCAAGCCCGCCUUUGAGGAGUUCUGCUUGCCAACAAAGAAAUACGCUGAUGUGAUAAUCCCCAGAGGGGCAGAUAAUCUAGUGGCCAUCAACCUCAUCGUGCAGCACAUCCAGGACAUCCUAAAUGGAGGGCUCUCUAAACGGCAGACCAACGGCUAUCUCAACGGCUACACCCCUUCACGCAAGAGGCAGGCAUCGGAGUCCAGCAGCCGACCUCACUGACCCCAUCUCCUGCAGACCCCAGCCCCUGUCUCCGAGAGGCAGGAGAGGUCAGGAGGCAGCAUUCAUCUGUACAUACGGUUUCCUACGACAUGGCUGUAUUUAAGAACACACCAUGAAGAUGAAAUGCCUUUGAUUUUUUUUUUUUUCUUUCUUUUUUUCUUGGUAUCCUCAGAAGAGAGAAUGGCCUCUUUUUUGGUUUGUUUCGUUUUUGUUUUUUCUUUUGAGACAGGA